AUCUGUCAUCAUUUUCUUCAUUUCCUGAUUCUUCUGUCAAGUUUUGCUAUAUAAGGGCCCUCUUCUCAACAGAGGUCAAAGAAGGAGGAGAAGCUGAGCAUUCAUCCCUGCUGAAGCAUCUCUGAGAGAUCCAGGAGCAGAGAAGAUGCUUAAGAUUUGGGGUCUUGUUCUCUUCUGUGGCCUGCUCACACAGAGUUCAGCCCAACUUGAAGCCAUCCCUGUGGAUCCUGCCAUUCCCCUGAGACCAGCUCAGUCCCUUACUCCACCAGAUCCUCUGUCAGGUUUACUAGGAGGCCUCACAAAGGGACUUCUCAACUCAAAUUUGCUUGGGAUUCUUGAAAACCUCCCCCUCUUGGAUGCCCUGAAAAUCGGGGAAGGUUCAUCAGCAGGUCUCAUUGGAGGCUUACUACCCAAAAUAGUCUCACUGGUUCCAGGGCUACAGGAUAUAAUUUCGAUCAAUAUUACCAAUCCCGUUCUCCUGGAACUUGGGCUAGAACAAUCUCCUGAUGGACACCGACUUUUUGUGACCCUCCCUCUUGGCAUGGUCCUAGAAUUAAAAACAUUCCUGACUGGUGAAAUUCUCAAGUUGGAUGUUAAACUGAAUAUCAUAGUGGAGCUCAUCGCAGUGAGGGAUAAAGAUGGAAAAAUCCACUUGGUGAUUGGGGAUUGUAAGAAUGACCCUGGAAGCUUAAAGGUCACUUUGUUGGAAGGGGUUCUACCAUCAGUAGUGCAAGGACUUUUAGACACAGUGACAGGAACUGUGAUUAAAGUUCUUCCAAAUCUGAUACAGAAAGAGAUCUGUCCUCUGGUUAAUGAUGUCCUUGGUAAUCUGGAUGUUACCUUGGUACAUGACGUGGCUGAAUUAUUAAUCCAUGGACUUGAACUGCAUCUUAAAAUAUAAAUUUUCUCAGAAGAGACUAACUCUUCCUUCAAGUAGGACCCCCAACAGAAAAGACUUGGGCUCCAGGUUUGGAGCUGACACUAGCUGAGAUGAAACACUUUCGAUUUCCUGGAGUCAGUGAGAUUCUUCUUUCCUGCAUUUGGAUCCAUUCUCCACAUCUGAAACUUCUUCCUGACAUCCUUUUCUUUCCCCUGGAUUUUUCUCAUAAUAAACGUCUCUCUAUCUCUGCAUUGAUGGAGUAGUCAUUGCUCACUCUCUCUCUGGCACCAAUUGAAUAAAUGAGUGAU